AGUAAUAGUGCAUUAUACAAAUUCCACUCCAACAGACUCUGCGAGGUCCACCAGAACAGAGAAAAUGGCAGAAACUGAAAAGCACCAACUACAAGACCAUCCUCAAUCACCAGAAAUGCCAAGUUUCUCUCUCCGCAUUUGGCCACCGUCGCAGAAAACACGCGACGUCGUCAUUAAACACCUCACCGAUACCCUCUCUUCUCCAUCAUCCUUCACUAACCGCUACGGUACGUUUCCGUUGGAAGAGGCCGUCGCAACAGCCAAAGUCAUCGAGGAAGAUUCUUUUCGCGCCGCCGCCGUUUCCGGCGUUGAGGAUGAUGCCUGUCGUGGAAUCGAGAUCCUUCAAGUUUAUUCUAAGGAGAUCAGCAAGAGAUUGCUCGAAAUGGUCAAGAAUCAGGCAAGAAAACAGCAAGACGGUUCUGUUUCUAGUGAGGAAAAUAUUCCAUCUUAGAAAUGUGAUUGCUUGCUUGAUUAAUUGUUAUUAUUAAUGGAUGAAUUUUCGGUUAUAGAGUUUGAUAGAUUGCAAUGCGGUUGCCAUAGAUUUGUUUCUGCCUUUUGGGCUGCGAUUUGUGAAUUUGAGAUUUGAUUUAUUGGGAUUUCUUUUGAUUUUGCAUUCCUGUGCGAAUAAAUGUAAAUGAGGUGGUUUUCAAUUGAUUUUGAAUAGAAACACAAAUGAAUGCGUUGAUUAGGCAAA